AUCUGUCCGUUAUCCUUCCUGAGAAUUUUGACCAUGUAGUGGAAUCAUCGCUUUGAAGAUUUGAGAAGUAAUUAACCGUGUCUAAUGCCAUGGCUUCUGACGAACUACAAGAAAAAGCAAAUUUUACAAGACUCAGUAGACUAUUAGUUGACAAAGGAACUGAGGCUUUGAGAAAUACAUUUGAUACCAUCCAUCCACCUGUUAGUCUACCUGGAGUACUGGCUGCAAACAAAACAUCUCUUCAAAAGUUAAAACCUCGAGUUAUUAAUAAUUCCCAGUGGGAUUUACUGUUUCCUCCGUCUGGCAACCCACCAGAUUCCAAAACCUUUGAUGUUACAUUACUUACAGUUCUACUCCGGAACAUUUGUGGUUUUGCACCAACAGGAUGGAGUGUAAUGCCUCCGGAUACUGAUAGAUCAGAGCAAGCGAAUAUCACAAGAAUCAAGUGUUACAGAAAUGAAGUUAUUGCACAUGUAAGAACAACUCGAGUUGACAAUUCAACAUUUAAAUCUUUAUGGAAGAAAAUCUCCCAGGCGAUAGUAGAAUUGGGCGUUUCACAGAGUGAUGUCGACGAUUUAGGAAAAUGUCCUCUUGGGCCUGAAGAAAAAGUGUAUGUGCAAAAGCUUAAAGAUUGGGAACUGCGGGAAGAUGAGUGUAAUAAAAAGCUUGCGACAAUUGAACGUUCUGUAAAUAAUGUAACACAAAUGGCUGAAGAAAACCGUGACGAAAUAAAUAAAAUCCGCCAGUCUCACAUCAAUCUUGAAAAAAAAUCCCGCACAGAAAGUGAUGAAGAUUUAUUGCGAAAACUUGCUAAGCAUAAUUUUAAGGGUGAAAUUAAACGAAAAGUGAAUUUUUUCCUUCCUGGAACAAGAGAGUGGUUGUUAGUGAAAGUUAACGAGUGGUUUCAAAUGUGUGACAAUGAUUCGAGAACAAAGUUAAUAACAGCUGGACCAGGAUUUGGUAAAAGCGUGUUUGCCGCUAAAAUCUGUGAAGAUUUUGAGAAGAAUGGAAAGCUGGCUGUUUGUCAUUUUUGUGAUUUCAGUGUUUCAGACCUAAGAAAUCCUAUGGUGAUGCUGCAGUCUCUCGCAAGUCAGAUGUGUGAGAAUGUCCCUGUUUUUAAAGAGAAGCUUCUUGACCAGUUAAAGCGACCUCAUCAAGUCAAAACCCUCGAAGAUACAUUUCGAAUAUAUUUGCAAAAUCCCUUAGAUGAAUUGGAAAUAAAAGAGCCACGUUUAGUCGUGAUCGAUGGCUUGGAUGAAAGUGCUGCAGAUAAUAAGAAUGAAAUUACGCAUUUGAUUGCUGAAUAUUUUCCUGAUCUUCCUGAGUACAUCAAAAUCUUGGUGACGAGCAGGCCAGAGAUUUCCGUUGCUGAUCUAAGACUAAGAGAAGAUCAAAAGACGAACAUUGCGAAUGUUAACGCCAACAAUAAGACAGAUCUUGAACUUUAUUUUAAAGAAUGUCUUCCAUGUUUAGUUGGCAGGGAAAUAAAUCAAAGUGAAGUGAGCCGUGAUUUGCAUGAGUAUAGCUGGUUAAGAAGGGAUGAAUCUAUUAGUUUACUUUCCAUUUUUGUUGCCAAAUGCCAGGGCUCAUUUCUCUAUGCAUAUCACUUUCAAUCUGGCCUAACGGCUCGCUAUGAUCUUGAGAAGAUAACAAAUGAUGACUUGAUGGAGUUUCUCCCAGAAGGUCUGCAUUCUGUUUACGAACGAUAUUUCAAACGCCUUGAAGCCGAGCUUAGCGACAUAAAACAUGAAAAGUUUGACGUGUUGAAAAUUUUGGAAAUGCUGGUUGCUUCCGAAGGACCUCUUCCCCUCACUAUCGUCGCUCAGGCUUUUGGUUUAGCUCCAGAUUGUCGCGACACGAAAGUCAUCAUCAACAAAAUUAAUGAAACCGUAUCGUGCUUGUUUUACGUUUCAGAUGACAUGUUAACCGUUUUUCACAAAUCCGUUAUUGAUUGGCUUCUGGCAAAGGGCUACAAAGAUCACCAGUAUGCUGUCGAGGUCGAUGAUGGACAUAGAUCGCUUUGGCCUUUAUGCGAAAAGGUUUUUAAAGAAAUUAAAGAUAAAUAUGUUAACUCAGGACCUGGGGUGAACUUUACUAAUGACGUGGAAUACGCUCUGAAACAUGGUUUAAAACAUCUAGAAAAGUGUGAAAUGGAGGAAUGUGUGUUUUGGUCAGUUGAUGUUAUUAUCUUAUGUUAUAUGAUAACUGUAAGCUAUUCAAGUGUAUUGCGGCGUUCCUGGCUCAGAUUACUGCAAUGUUCCUGGAUUAAAAACGAAGAUGUACGCGCCCGCAUUUCGUACCAUGUCAUUGAAUUUGAGUCUUUUGAUCUUGCCCUGGGACCCGCAAGGAUGAAUUACAAAAAUUCAAAACAAUGUCUUUCGACAGUACUUUCACAAUGGUAUUUACAAGCGGUUCUUACCCGUUCUCCAGAAGGUUAUUUCAGCGAUGAUGAGAAGAAAAUCGCGGAGACGCUACUAUCAAACCGUUCACCUUUUGUCGAGUCGAAGUCUUACGAAGUUUCGGUUUUGCCGAGAGCAGUCUGGGAACCCAGUGACUUUGAUGAUAUUAUAGCUUUUGCUUUAUCUAACGACGAGAAAAGAGUAGCAGUUGUAAGAGAGAAUUUUAUCCAUGUGUUAUCCCUACCAACUUUAGUUGAAAUUAUCAAUUAUUCAACAAAAUUGGUAAGAAUUCGAUGCUGCACAUUUUCUCCAGACGACUCGCUCAUAUUAUUUGGUAAACUGGAAACGGCGUUUAACAUUGCUGGAAGAAAGGAAGUUCCAUUUUUCCCUGGAAAUGAAGAGACGUUCGCGUCCUGUGCAUUUUCUCCUAACGGCAAAAGACUUCUACUAGCGACGAUUCAAACACCAUUAAACUAUGGGACGUUGCUAAACAAAAAAUGCUGUCGUCGCUUUGUGCUGGAUUUCGUGUUGGUUGGUGUUCUUUUAGCAUCACUGGGUUAUUUAUUAUUGCAAAUUCAGAAUCUCGAUCUUAUCUGGGUUAUUCGUUGUGUGUUUGGAACGCCAUCACAUUGCAAAGAAGUGAUAAGCGAAAAUUAUCUCACAGGGAAAGUGUGA